CUUGCUUUCUGCGCCGGAGCAAGUCAUUGAGUACCAUACCGAGAAGGCAUUCUGCAUCUAGAUCUUGCCUCAAGACGUCCACGAAAUGUUUGGCAGCAAGGUUGAUCCUCUCUAUACUCUCUAUGUAGCUGCGCAAAGCAGUCUCGGUCCGAGUUGAAGAAGACUCUUGAGAGACACAUUCGGCCAGCAUCAGUGGUCUUCAACAUGAGGUCGUUACCAUCAACUUCUGGAGAUGGAUAAAUUGAAGAAGGAGUGCUCGUAUUCGUCGGAUCGUGAGCGGGAGCGUGCUGAGACCAUCGAACUGAGAGAGGGAACCGCGAUCAUGGAGGCUAAAAUUCGCCGAAAGGAAGAAAGUAUCAAGAUCUUCGAUGAACAGCUUGUGGGGUUGGGCUUAGAGCUUGUUGAGAUGUCUUCUGAAGACGAAACUCCAGAUGCGACUUCUCAAUCAGGGCGGAAUAAUAUCAAGACGGAUGCAGAGAGUCGGCAAAGGGAUGUCCUGUACAUGGGCUUUCUAAGAUGGUCGAAGAUCACUCAUAAAAUUUGA